AACGGAAGGGCUCUUUUCCCGGUGCGGGUUUCAGCGUUUCUAGUUGCAGCUGGCACGUUGAUGGUCUGGGUGUUGCGGCCUCCACACCCGGAGUCCGGGCCCUCGCUAACUUGACAGUCCCCGCAUCCGCCAGCCCCGCCCGCGGGGAGCCCGGCCUGGUCGGAAGACGUUGUGCUGCUGCACUGGAUCCGCGUCUGUUUCCGAUCUGAAUCAAAGUUCUGUCCUCUCCACUGGGUGACUCAUAGGAAAACAAGAGGAUACAGUACCCAGAAUCCAGCUGUCACCUCCCCAGAAAUUUAAACACUUCUCCAGUUCCUCAGACCCCUCAACUCACCCCAGAAGGCAAAAGAUUCAAUUUCUCCAUCAUAGUACAUGCAUACAACGGGCAGAGAGCAAAGCUUGGUAAUCACCUUGGCAUUGCCUAUCUCUGUGAUGCUGAAGACAUUCUCAUCUCUGUGCAUUACAGAAGAGAUUCAGAUUUCCAGAGUUGGUAAGCUUUGGAAGAUGCUAGUGGAGCAUUCUGCACUAUGGAGACAUGUACGUGACACCUUACAGGCUUUGCCUGCUUAGUGCUUGGACUGCCAGUGAGCGAGUGACCCAGAGAAAGACACCUGCAUCUGGGUAUUGACAAUGCAGCCACUGGAAUCAGUGACAUUUGAAGAUGUAGCUGUAGACUUCACCCAGGAAGAGUGGGCCCUACUGGACGCAUCCCAGCGAAAACUGUUCAGAGAUGUGAUGCUGGAAAAUAUACGUCAUCUGGUCUCCCUGGGGUACCAACAUUGCCAGUCAGAUGUGAUUUUCCAGCUGGAGCAGGGAGAAGAGCUGUGGGCUGAAGGAAGUGGAUCUCUCCAAAGCCAGGGUCCAGGUGGGGAAAGUGCCCUUAAAGAACAAGACAUGAUAGCCCCCACAGCGUAUCAGCAGCAAGGACACAUCUAUGGUCACGCCAGAGAGAAGGGAACGUAUGGACAUAGACAAAGCUUUACCAACCUUCCACCUCUUUCCCCAAAGCAGAAGUCUCCUUUGCCAGAGGAUCCCUUUGAAUGCAGUGACUUGGAAGAAGAUUUCACUCGCAGCUUCAUGGUGACUCGGCGUCUGUUGACUCCCACAGAAAAGACCCCCUGUGUCAGUAAACAGUGUCAAAAAUCCGUUAGUGAGUCGUACCUUAAUCAACACAAGCACCUUCACACUAGAGGUAAAUCAUGUGAGUGCCAUCUGUGUGGGCAAGCCUUUAGCAAUUGCUCCAGCCUGAGGAGACACGAGAUGACUCACACCGGAGAGAAGCCCUACGAAUGCCGUCUCUGUGGGAAUGCCUUCAUUCAAAGCUCUGACCUUAGAAAACACAAUCUGACUCACACUGGAGAGAAACCGUACGAGUGUCACCUGUGUGGGAAAGCCUUCAGCCAGUCCUCCAACCUCAGACAGCACGAGAGAACGCACACGGGGGAGCAACCGUACGAGUGCCACCUCUGUGGGAAAGCCUUCAGUAAAUGCUCUGCCCUCAGACGGCACGAGAGAACGCACACGGGGGAGAAACCGUACGAGUGCACCCUCUGUGGGAAAGCCUUCAGUCAGUGUUCUGCCCUGAGACGACACGAGGGCACCCACAAUGGAGAGAAAAUUAGGAAUGCCUUCGGCAAAUGUCCUGACCUCACAUGACCCGCGUGGCACGACUGUCACGAAGGCGGGCACCACGUCCACCACAGCGGUUUAACACUGAAACGCGCCACAGGACUCGCACGUCGUUCGGUCUCAUUCGUCAGACUCACGCAAACUUCUCUGGGAGAAAUCCACCAUGUGCCAUCCACGCGGCAAGACCUUCGGUCAGUGCUCCGACCACAGGCGACAUGAGCGCACUCACUCUGUAAAUGCGAGGAAGGGACAGGUUUGCGGCCACGGCUCUCGGCCUCGGCACCUCCACGCGGGAGAAGCCCGAGGUCGGUAAUCACCGUGCACGCCGCUCAGCAGGCACCGGGCCUGUGCCCAAGAAAGCUCAGUGAGGUCUGAGUAGACGCUCGCCCCAGAUGGAAGAGGAGAACGCUCUUGAGGAACACCAAAAGUCACACCGCGGUGAAGACGCACGGGAACCGCCUGGCUCACAGAGAAGCCCCGUGGCGCAUGUGAGGACACAGACCCUACAGAGCAGUGUCACCAGCAGAGGAGACUCCAGUGGUCACUCACUUCUUAGCCAACGUUAAAGUUCUUACCCUAAGGAGACAUCAGUCGUGAAACCAAAGUGGAGGUAACUUCAGCUAGAUUUCACAUCAGAAAACUAAGUCGGGGACAAACAACCUCUAAAAGAGCCUUUGACGUAGAAUUUAGCAAAUAUUUCAGGAUUUUGAGAAAAUAACUAUUUAUGGGGAAAUGUGGCAUGUAAGUGCAAAAUAGUAAGGUGAUCCGGGAAUACUGAAUGCAGAAGUUUGUAAGAAAUUAAAUUUUUUCAAUAGAUUAUUACUUGUAAAUAUUUAAGCAAUAAACCCUGUUGCUGAAAAAUCUAA